AUGAGGACAGGGUUAAGCAUGUCUCAAGAGCCAUUACUGCCUUUAUACAACGCCAGAGGGGCGGAAACUGGAACCUCCCGCAGUCGGUACUUGGUUAUUCGGUUCUCGGAUGUCAGCAUCCAUGAUCUGCCUCUAGAUAUCACACAGGUACCCUACAGCUCAAUUAACACACAUUGGCUGCGAGAAAAGUGUCGGGAGUUUCGAAGCGAUGAGACUUCGAUGAGAAGACUGCGGUUUAUUCACGGCGGUGCGAUGCUGAAUACACAUACGGACCUUUCCGAAGAGCUGAAUCGAUAUUUUAUGCAGCAACAGCAGCGGAGCGGAGAAGACGAGAACCGCUUCUACAUCCAUUGCAUUGUGGGUACAGAGAGGUUGACCCGGGAACAAGUGGCCAAUGAGGACUCGCUGGACGACAUCGCGCCCUCGAGCGAGGGGACCACGACCCAGGCGAUCGGGUUCGACAGGCUGCGGGCAGUCGGCUUCUCUGAGCAAGAGAUAGAGCUGCUGAGGCAGCAGUUCCGCUCUGCGUACGGUGAUCUUGAAGAAGAAAUGGCCAACAGCCAGCCGCGCGAUCUGCGACAGUUGGAGGAGCAGUGGAUGGAGAGCGACGCUCGGAACAACGAUCUAAACGCCCCCGGUGCCGGCGGCUUCAACUCGGCACCCAUUGCGAACUACAAGCACAACCGAGACCUUCUGAUCGGGAUCUGCAUCGGGUUUUUCCUCGGGGUGUUCGGCCUCCUGCUGAUGAAGAUGAACGGCCUGUUCAACAAGCGACAGAAAAUGUCCAUCUUUGCCGGGAUCAUCGUCAACAUCAUGUUCAACAUCGUGCGGAGUUUUUAA